CAGACGAGGCUGAGGAGUGCGACUUUGAAGGAGGACGCGCAUCCUUUUUCUAAUCUGGACUGGAUUGUCGGGUUGGAUUUAAAAACCAGUAGGAGAAUAGAUUUUUUGUAAGCUGGAGAGAUGAAAGUUUUUCCGGCUAUGAUGUUUCUGCUCACGUUUUGGAGUCUGGUGUGGGAUCCAGUGCUUCCAGAUUCCAUUAUUCACAUCGGGGCCAUAUUUGAUGAAUCGGCCAAAAAGGAUGAUGAAGUGUUCCGCAUGGCGGUGGCAGAUCUAAACCUCAAUAAUGACAUUCUGGAGACAGAGAAGAUCACCAUUUCUGUGGAGUUUGUGGACGGGAACAAUCCAUUCCAGGCGGUGCAGGAAGCCUGUGAGCUGAUGAACAGAGGGAUUCUUGCUUUGGUCAGCUCUAUCGGCUGCAUGUCGGCGAGCUCGCUGCAGACUCUGGCUGAUGCUAUGCACAUUCCCCAUCUGUUCAUCCAGAGGGCAGUGGUGAACACCCCUCGCUCUAGUUGCUCUCCCACCACCCGUGGCCAACCGGACGACUACACGCUCUUCGUGCGUCCACCCGUCUACUUGAACGAUGUAAUCUUUCAUGUGGUGAUGGAGUACACCUGGCAGAAGUUUAUUAUCUUCUAUGACACAGACUAUGAUAUUCGAGGGAUCCAGGACUUUCUGGACCGGUUGUCCCAGCAGGGGAUGGAUGUGUCUCUUCAGAAGGUGGAUUCCAACAUCAACAUGAUGAUCACUGGAAUGUUCCGCACCAUGAGGGUUGAGGAGUUGCACCGGUACAGGGACACGCUUCGCCGAGCUGUCCUCUUCAUGAGUCCUGCUAGUGCCAAGGCCUUCAUUACAGAGGUUGUGGAAACCAACUUGGUAGCCUUUGAUUGCCACUGGAUCAUCAUCAACGAGGAGAUCUCAGACAUGGAUGUACAUGAGUUGGUGAUGAAGUCUAUAGGGCGCUUGACAAUAAUUCGCCAGUCAUUCCCUCUUUCUCAGAACACCAGCCAGCGCUGUGUCCGCCACAACCACCGCAUCAACAACUCGCUAUGUGACCCCAAAGAUCCCAAAGCUCAGACAUUAGAGAUCACAAACCGUUACAUCUAUGACACUGUCCUCCUUUUGGCCAACACCUUCCACAGAAAGCUCGAAGAACGCAAGUGGCACAGCAUGGCAAGCCUGUCGUGCAUCCGCAAGGGCACCAAGCCAUGGCAAGGGGGCCGCUCCAUGCUGGAGACCAUCAAAAAGGGGGGAGUAAAUGGUCUGACCAGCUUACUGGAAUUCAGUGAUAAUGGCACCAACCCCAACAUCAUCUUUGAGAUUCUGGGGACAAACUACGGAGAGGACCGCGGCCGUGGUGUAAGCAGGCUGGCAACAUGGGACCCGAUCCAUGGACUAAAUGGAAGCCUGUCGGACCGGAAGAUAGAAAACAACAUGCGUGGUGUGGUGUUAAGAAUUGUUACAGUUCUGGAGGAACCAUUUGUCAUGGUGUCUGAGAAUGUUCUGGGAAAACCCAAGAAGUAUCAGGGAUUCUCCAUCGAUGUCCUGGAUGCACUGUCUAACUACCUGGGAUUCAAGUACGAGAUCUACGUGGCCCCCGAUCACAAAUAUGGCAGCCAACAAGCUGAUGGUACCUGGAAUGGUCUGAUUGCAGAACUGGUGUUCAAGAGGGCAGAUGUGGGAAUCUCAGCGCUGACCAUCACUCCAGAGCGGGAGAGCGUAGUGGACUUCACCACCCGCUACAUGGACUACUCGGUGGGAGUGCUGCUGAGGAAGGCCGAGCGGACAGUGGACAUGUUUGCCUGCCUGGCACCCUUCGACCUUUCACUGUGGGCAUGUAUCGCGGGCACCGUGCUACUUGUAGGAACCCUGGUUUACUUGCUCAACUGGCUCAAUCCACCACGGCUGCCCAUGGGCUCUGUGUCAUCCACCACGCUCUACAACUCCAUGUGGUUCGUCUAUGGCUCCUUCGUCCAGCAGGGUGGAGAGGUUCCUUACACCACUCUCGCCACACGGAUGAUUAUGGGUGUUUGGUGGCUCUUCGCUUUGAUUGUAAUUUCAUCCUACACGGCUAACCUGGCAGCCUUCCUCACCAUCUCUCGCAUCGAGAACUCCAUCCAGUCUCUGCAGGACCUUUCGAGACAAACCGAGCUGCCCUAUGGCACCGUACUGGACUCAGCUGUGUAUGACCAGUUGCGCAGUAAAGGAAUGAAUCCUUUCGAGCGAGACCCACUGUACUCACAGAUGUGGCGGAUGAUCAACCGUACAGGAGGAGCGGAUAACAACGUGGAGGAUUCGAAGGAGGGCAUCCGUAAGGUGAAGUACGGCCGCUUUGCAUUUGUGUGGGAUGCAGCUGUGCUGGAGUAUGUGGCCAUUAACGACGAGGACUGCGCCUUCUACACAGUGAGCAACACCGCACCAGACAGAGGCUACGGCAUCGCCAUGCAGCAUGGCAGCCCCUACAGGGACAUCUUUUCUCAGAGGAUCUUGGAGCUGCAGCAAAAUGGAGACAUGGAUAUUCUGAAGCUAAAGUGGUGGCCCAGGGAAAGCCCAUGUGACCUGUACUCUUCUAUGGGCACCAAGAAAAAUGUCAGUGCCCUGGACAUCCACAGCUUUGCUGGGGUGUUCUUUGUGCUGGCGGCUGGCGUGGUGCUAUCCUGUCUGAUUGCCACCAUCGAGACCUGGUGGACGAGAAGGAAGGGCUCCAGAGUGCCAUCCAAGGAGGACGACAAGGAGAUUGACCUGGAGCACCUCCACCGGCGUGUGAAUAGCCUAUGCACAGACGAUGAAAGCCCACACAAGCAGUUCUCCACUUCCUCCAUGGACCUAACCCCGCUGGAUAUGGAAUCGUUGCAGGCGGGGCGCCAGGCCCUGGAGCAGAUCAGCGAUUUCCGCAACACACACAUCACCACCACCACCUUCAUUCCAGAACAGAUCCAAACGCUGAGCCGCAGCCUUUCUGCCAAGGCGGCUUCUGGCUUUGCUUUCGGUGCCAUGCCCGAGCAGCGGACUGGCCCUGGGCCCUUCAGGCAACGCGCACCGAAUGGUGGCUUCUUCCGCAGCCCCAUCAAGACGAUGUCCAACAUUCCCUAUCAACCCACACCAGCCCCCAGCUUCAGCUAUGGUAAUGACCCUGACCGGGGAACAUCCAUAUGAGGGAAUGAAGACACACAUACACAAAACAAGAUCCAAAUGUAAAUACCCAUCUUCUUUGUUGUCCUUUUUUGCUUUCUGAAAAGCUUGGUUUUUCAGCUUUGCUGUUGGGGGUGCUCGUC